UAGACAGAUAGAUAGAUAGAUAGAUAGAUAGAUAGAUAGAUAGAUAGAUAGAUAGAUAGAUAGAUAGAUAGAUAGAUAGAUAGAUAGAUAGAUAGAUAGAUAGAGCGAGUUUUCCCGUGUAUAAUACAGGAAGAACCUUAUCUGACGGGGUUUAUAGGACCAUGUACGACCAGAACAGUAUCGAUAUCUGUAGGUUCUAUCUAUCUAUAAAUAGUGGGACAGCUUCGCUGAAACACGUUGUUUGAGCUUUCACGGUAUCCGUAGAUCUCCUGAGGCGCAGGCGCUGAACAAGACGGUGUUGAAACUGUAUCUGAUGGGGAAACGUAAAUCGACGUAACAGCUGUAAAGCUGAGCUGCUGCAGGUCUUUAGGAGGAGUGUAUGUUUUCGGACUUUUCGGAGCAUCAUGGGUAACACCGAUAGCAUGAUGGUGCAGAAGCGAAUGGCCCGUUUUCGGCCUGAGGAGUGGUCCAUAAUUGACGGGGUUUUUGACAGACUGCAGGGUGGUUCUGGUGCCUCUGGGAACAUAGGAGCAGUGAAGACGCUUAAGCUGGAGAUGCUGCAGUCCUCGAUGGGUGACCUGGCGUCAGACUCCAUGUUGAAGAGGAUCUAUCAGUGCAUGUGCAGCAUCGACCUUGGGAACACCGGCCAACCCGGCGCCGCCUCAGGACCAGGUCGGGAACAGCUGAUCGUCUUUCUGGCAGACACCCUGCGAGGGACCGCAGAGGAACGGGCUCCUCUAGUUAUGGUCAUGUCCCACAAUGCAGUGGGAGUACCAGACGUUGUUCUUUGUGAACAGGUGGCAUCGUUCUUACAGGACCUGAUUUCUGCUGUAGUUCAGAUUCUGAUCAGAAGGGGGCGUCUGCAAGGCUGGAAGCCAGAGCAAAUGGGUGAAACCUCCAUGGGCGUUAAACUUCUGGCUGAGCAAAUGUGCUCUGAGCUCAGACCUUCAGAUCAGGGAAGUUGUGAUGUUUCCUGCCUGGAGGACUGGAUCUUCAGGGUCUUCCAGGUGUCGCUGUAUUUGGAGAUCCUGGUUGCUGAGGGUCUAAACGUGUCUCUGAACUCUUGGACGGCCCCGAGUCUUCUGCCUCCGUGCAGGGACACACACUGGAAGGACCUGAAGUGUCUGCUGGACAUUCCCACCCUGAUGUUUCUGGCUCCUCGGUUACCAGACAGCUACAGUGCCCCCUGGAGGUUGGUGUUUUCCACACACCUGCACGGGGAGAGCUUCACCAAGAUGGUGUCGGGUCUGAUGCACCAUGGCCCCACCGUGCUGCUCAUCAAAGACACUAAGGGUCAUGUUUUUGGGGGCUUUGCAUCACAGGCCUGGGAGAUGAAACCUCAGUUCCAGGGUGACUCCAGAUGCUUCCUGUUCUCUGUGUUCCCCGCGCUGAGAGUCUACACAGCAACAGGAUACAACGACCACUUCAUGUACCUCAACCAGAACCAGCAGACAAUGCCCAACGGACUGGGCAUGGGGGGUCAACAUGACUACUUUGGUUUGUGGCUCAACGGUGACUUUGGACAAGGUCACAGCCGUGCGCGACCCAAGUGCACGACCUACGGCAGCCCUAAACUGUCUGCAGACGAGGACUUCACCCUGGACUCUGUGGAGGUGUGGGCUGUGGGGAAGCCACCGCAGCCAGCUGAGGGAGAGGAAGAGGAGAGCAAGAAGAGCAUCCUGAACGUGGAUCCGGAAGUUCAGGCAUUGAUGGAAUUAACAGGGAAGACUCUGCACAGUGAGGGAUUCAGUGAGCUGGAGGAAGACUUUGAUUAGUUGCUAAAUGAUCUCCAUCUCGGUUGAUUCUGCUUUUGGCUUUCUAACCCAGAAACUGUUGUCUUGUUUAACAGGAACUAAGCAGCUUUGGCUCAGACCUGUCACCAUGCAGGCUUAUUUUACAGGAACUGUAGCUCAGGAUCUCCCAGUAAAGUCUGAGCUGAGCAGUGAGCGUGCAUCAAGGCAGCUUUUACCGUCAGUUUGAAAACUUUGGGUGUGAGUUUCACACUCAGACCAAACUGCUGUUCAGCAGAAUCAAACCUCCUCAUUUUCACUGCAAGACACUAGUGGAGAACCUAUGAACAAGUAGCGCUCUAGCAUGUGAUGCCCAUCAGUUUUUAGAUAUUUAUGUCUAAUUGUUAAUUAGUUUGUGAAAAUCUGAACAGUCAUUUUUGGUAGUUUAAUUGUUUAAGCAGGGAACUUGAAACUUGGUUCCUCCCUAAAGGUUUGGCUGCUGCUCUUCUGCAGACCGGAUUCAGACAUGAACCCGUUUGAGCUUGAUCGAGGAGUGUGGACCAAACUGCUACCUUCACGAUUCUUUUCACUCCCACCUGGUUUUCGUGCUCUGCUCUGGUCCAGCUGUGCAUCUCCAGUUUACUGACUCUGCCCAUUUGAUCAUUCCCACUGAUAUGUUUCACAUGUUUUAUUGGGAUUUUAUGUGAAUAAACCAACACAGAAUUGUUCUUGCAUUUUAAUCCUGUGGACAGAUUCCCCCCAUAAACCCACCGAUUACAGGACGAACCUGUACCACGGUCGCUCCCAGGUAACAUGAAUGCUAUAGAGAUGUCUAUAGGAAGAACCCUGAACAUAAUGGAUCUCCUGCAGCACCAUGCAGACGCUCUCUCUGCACCGGUAAAGAAUAAAGUACUCGACCACUUGGUGUUGCUCCCAGACUGUGUAUGUAGAGAAUUGAACUUUCAGGUUAAGAUGGUCAGAUGAUCAUCCAGUUCUUUAUCCCAGUACAGAUGCUGAAUGUCACUGGGCCACAUCAUAAAUUAUGAACAGGGCUUAAUGUUUCACGCGGUGUGCUUCAUUUCUUCACGUAAAACAGGUUUUUAGACACGACCACGUGUGUGACUGGAUACACCAUGCAACAGCAGCUUUAGUGAUUUUGCUGCUGCCUGACUAGCAGGCGGGCUGGAAAAUGCUGCCAUAAACAUUAGAAAUGACAUGAAGACGAGCUGAAAGGCUGCCUUGUAUUUGUGCUCGCUCCUCAUCUGCUCUGCUUUCAUGCAAAUACCCGAGUUACAAAUGCAAAUCUCUCACAGCCCAUGUGAUCCUCACACGGCAACGUUCUGAAUCUGGUUCCAUGGGAAAUAUUAAUGUCUGUUGUGUUUGGAAACGAAUGUUUUCAGAAAUUAGAUGAUUCCCUGGUUUAUUACGAUACUGAAAAUGAGCUCAAGUAAUUUACAUUUGAAAUUCAUCCAUUCACAAGAUCUACCCACUAGUUGGUAGAUAUUGGUAGAUUUUUUUUUUCAUUGAUUUUUAGUUUUAUCAGAAGGAUUACCAGCGAAAACCAAAUAUUAUUACUAAUUUGGACUUUAGCUGCUCUUACACCAAUAACCCAGCUUUCUUAAUUAGAUUACAGUGGACUGUUAUUACUUAGUUCAACUUCAGUACCAGUAAAAGCAAUAUAUUAUUAGCACCUAAAAAUGUGGAUUAAAGCUGUUUUGUAUCAGUGACUCAGCUUCCUUAGUUACAAUUCAGUGGAAUGAGACUAUUAAUAUUAUCUUCUUUUAGCAAAAUAUGCUUUAUUAUUAAGACUGGGUUGAAACUAAUUUCUACCAGUAAACUUGGAAGGAUUAUUAAUGUCAUUUGAUUUGUUUUUCUGUUUAUUUUUUUUGUGAUUGUAAUGUAACUGUUCUUCCUCAUAUACAGCACUUUGAAUGUAUUGUUACUGAAAAGGGUUAUAUAAAUAAACUUACCUUACCUAGUGGGCAUAUUAAAGGCCACCUGAA